UCUGGCUCUGAUCUGGACGACCCUCUCGGCACAUUCGACCUCGCUGCCCUCCAGCCCUGUCCGGCACUGAUCGACCGCUGAUAUCCCAAAGCAUCCGACCAACCGCCACAACAUCAACCACAUUUGAGCUCUGUCGGCAGGCCAUGAGCAACUCCCCCUCGGCGUCGUCCUCUGUCCCGACUCCACAACCUGCAGUUGCGGCAUCUACUCCCGCACCUACUGCACCGAACCUCGCCGGUGGGAGCAGACCGGCCAAGAAACCCUCGAAUCAGCACAAAAUAUCGGCUGCGACGACAAGUGCCAAGAGGAUCCAAAAGGAGCUGGCCGAGAUCAGUCUCGAUCCUCCAUGCAACUGCAGCGCUGGCCCGAAAGGCGACAAUCUCUAUGAGUGGGUAUCCACCAUCAUGGGUCCUGGCGGGUCGCCCUAUGCUGGCGGUGUGUUCUUUCUGGAUAUCAGCUUCCCUGAGGACUAUCCGUUCCGGCCCCCAAAGGUUACGUUCCGGACCCGAAUCUAUCACUGCAACAUCAACAGCAUGGGCGCCAUCUGCCUGGAUAUUCUGAAGGACAACUGGAGUCCUGCGUUGACAAUUUCCAAGGUGCUGCUGUCGAUCUGCUCUCUCAUGACGGACGCCAAUCCACACGACCCUCUGGUUGGAAGCAUCGCUCAGCAGUAUAUCCAUGAGCGCGACGAACAUGAUCGGAUCGCCCGGGACUGGACCAAGCGAUAUGCCUGUUGACCCCAAUCAGGCUCAGAGGGCAUGGAAGGCUGCUGGAGUCGAGGCAGAGUGCGCGACGCUGAAGCAUAGGCCAGUCCAGAAGUCGCUGUUAGCGGAUGUGAUGAGCAUCAACCGAGCCAUGCUCUCAAUACAGCGCCUUUGGAGUCACUUGCAAUGGUCCAUGUCCGCUGUUUGCCGACAGAAUGUUUGGAG